AUGGAUUGGAAGCAAAUUUUAUCAUUGUCAAACGAAAAUCUUACUAACGAGAUCAAAGAUGAAAUAUAUAAUGAGCUAAUAAAAGAUCAAAAAUUCGAUUCAAAAAUUGCAAAAAAACUUUUUCCAUUAUGUUUGACUGUAUUGAGAUUUAAAGGACAACAAGUGGUAAAAUAUCGUGAAGAGAUUGAAAUGUUCGCUUCUUCAGAUAUUGAUCUAAAAUCAACAUUAGAGCAAAUUGAAAAACAGAAAAAGAUGAUAAACAAAUACGAAGCUGAGCGUGUGCAAUUUAAAGCAAAAAUAAAAGAACUUUCUGAUGAAAUAACAAUAAUGCAUGGUCGAGAAAUUCAUGGAAGUGAUGAGGAUUCGCCAUCUCAGCUGUCGGAAAUCGAUAGACAACAAGAGCUUUUGGGGAAAAUAAGUGCUAAGAACAAGCACAUAAAAAGACUCUUACGUGACAUUGAGAAAUUUGAACAGCAGUCAACCACACAUUUAAACGUGAUCAAAGAACUCAAGAGGAAUGUUGAAGAUUCGAAUGAAAAAAUUUCUCUUUUAAGCACGCAACUUGAGGACACGACAAACACUAUCACGUUUUUAGAGGAGAAAAUAGCUCAAUUAAGUACACAAUUACAUGAGAUGGAGAAUGAAAAUCAACAAAUGUUUAAGGAACGGUAUGAGCGUGAAAAAGAAAUGGAAAACUUCUCAAAAGAACUCGAAGAAAGGGUAUUACUUUACAAAGGCAUUUUGGAUGAAAAACAACAUGAGUUUGACAUUUUGAAUGAGAGAUAUGAGAAUUUAAUUGAGCAGGUUCCUGGAAUCGAUAUAGAAAGCGACGAGAAUGAAAUUAAAAGAAUAUCAAACUUAAUUAAUGAUCGCGAUAAAGUGAUCAAAGCAUUUGAGGAAAAACUACAGUUAUUAUCAACUAAAUUAAUGGAAUCAACGGAAAUCAUUAAAAAAUUAAGUGAAGAACGAAAAGAGUUUGUCGAACGAUUAGAAAAGAAUAAGUCUAAUGAAUGCUGCGUAGAGGUUCAAGAUAUGCUCAAAAGAGGAAAUGAAGAGCGUAAAGAAUUGCAGGAAAUGCUUCAAAUAGCUGAAGAUGAUAACUUUUUAAAAUCUAAGCAGGCAUUUGAAGCAAUUGAGAUACUAAGAUCAUAUGAAAAUAGUGAAGAUGGACUUGCGGAUGCUCUGAAGAAAAUUCAUUCUUUACAAGAAGCGGUUUUUCAACGUGACAAGCAAAUUCAUGAAUUUGUGACAGAAAUUAAUGCACAAAAUGAGGUCGCUGCUGAAAAUUCUAUUUUGCGUAAACGUUUGGGAAUUUCCGAUGAUGAAAUUGUCGAGACAAAGGCAUUUCUGGCACGACAAAAGCGUUAUGCAAAAAUUAAUGAUCGUCUUAUGUUGAAACUUCGUGCUUCCGAGGAACUUCGAUUGCAACUAAAGAUUGACAAGAAUGAGCUGAAACGUAAUAUAUACAAAUUGGAAGCAAAAUUGAAUAAUGAAGGCGAUGAGAAUUUAAAUUCGACAUCCAGAUCGACGAGUCCAUCAUUAAAUGUAGGUAAAGGCAUCGUCCAAAAGCGCAGAAAAGAAAGUCAUGUUGAAAUGAGGCAAUGCGAAAAUUGUUCAAAUAUAUAUAAUGUCUACGAAAGUUUAAAAUACUGCCGCAAUUGUAUUAUGAAGCACAAUUCAAAUCUAUGUGAAAACUGUACAUCAAAUCUUAAAGUUACAUCAAGUGAAAAUAUCGAGUUAAUUAAGAAAAUCGCGAAAUUGGAAAUUGAUUAUCAGUCAAUUUCUGAAGAGAAUGAAAAUUUACGUGUCGGAUUAAAUGAGAUUCUCGAGAAAUUGCGUGAUAAUGAAGGUAAGUUAUUUUCUUAUUUUUAUCGUUUGAUAAAUUUAUAUAAAAAACCGUAA